AUGAUUCAACAGGAACGUGAGCCUGACCUGCGCGAUCUCAAUGCGGCUCUUGCUGCGCUCAUCGAUGUCUUUCCAGCGAUCCAACCGGAUGUAUUUCGUGAGAUGUUGACUAACGUGAGCGCAGAGAGUCGCCUGGAGGUAGUCACUGAACAUCUGCUGCAACGAGAGGCAAAGUGGGUUCGAGGACGGUUCCGUACGCCUAGCCUCGGGGCUAUCUCACGGAGCAGUGACCGUUCGAGCAAGGGGAACACUGCAAGUACCACUGAACCGAACUCAGUAGUUGAGAAAAUGCUUAGCAGCGACGAUCAUUUUCGGAGCGAGGCUUAUCGUAAAGCUGUCAAACAAGUCUUCUACCAGGAAUUCCGUUCCCUGAGUCAUUCUACAAUCAAAGGCGUUCUUGCCGAGCAGAAUUUCUCGUACAAACUGGCACGACCGAUUCUUCAUCAAUUAGCGACACGAGGAUGGCGGUUCUCGAUCCCGUAUUUCUGGUCUCGCCCUGCGACUGCGCCUACCCCGACACUCGGUCAGCCUCCUUGCGUGGUCUGGCUGGAAGAUACAAGAGUCGAGGGCAAACAGAUUCCUCAUCUCAAGCGAACAGGGAGCGUCGAAUUAGAUCUGGAAUUGUACGAAAUGUUUGUCGCCGCCCCGAUUGCCAAAUACCGGCAAGAAGUUAUUGCCGCCAACUUUAUGGCGGCUAGUCAAAUUAACGAGGCAGAAGCAACCGAGGUAGGAGCACUGUUUGAUUGCGAAUGUUGUUAUGGCUCGUAUGCUUUCGAGGAAAUUGCAUCAUGUACCGAGGAAAGCCACCUGCUUUGUCACGAAUGUGUUCGUCGCACUGUCAACGAGGCACUGUAUGGCCAAGGCUGGUCACGCACAGCCGAUCUUCACCGUGCGACUGUUCGGUGCUUCGCUUCCACAUCACAAGACUGCGGCGGAUACCUUAGUCCAGAUGCCGUACGUAGGGCGCUCAACGAUGAUGGCAGCGGAACCCAUGAGCAGGAUGAGUUGUGGACGAUAUUUCAGAACAGACUUUACGCCGAUGUGCUGCGCUGCCCGUGCUGCGAUUAUGCGGAAGUCGACGAGACACCGGUAUUCAAGCUUCGGCAUCCUCUAGAAAUCUGGCACUACAUCGGCACAAGAACCACUACUGCCUUCCAGCUCACCUUUCUCUGCGGCCUUGUUGCCACUUCCGUGUUUGCAAACGUACUCUUCGGUUUGCUCGCCGGCAUCUAUCUACUCUUCUCUCUUUUGCCUGGAUCGAGCCGUGUGCUACACGGUGUCUUAACACGAAUCUAUAGGCGUCGGCGCAGCAAUCGUUUCAGAUGCAAGAACCCGACCUGCCUCAAGAUAACCUGCAUGCGCUGCAACGCCAUUUUUCGCGACCCUCACACCUGUUUCGAGUCCGAGAAAACAUCUCUACGCACAGCAAUCGAGACCUCUGCCACCGCUGCCAUCAAACGCACCUGUCCUCGAUGCCUACUCAGCUUUAUCAAAGAAAGCGGUUGCAAUAAAUUGGUCUGCAAUUGUGGCUACACAAUGUGCUACAUCUGUCGACAGGAGAUUACAGCGCAAGAGGGCUACGGGCACUUUUGCCAGCAUUUUCGCCCUGCAGGUGGACGCUGCACCGAGUGUUUCCGAUGCGAUUUGUAUGGCGAUGAGGAUGAGGAGAAGAGUAUCCGUGCAGCGGUCGAGGAGGCGGAGAAGGCCUGGCGAGCAAAGGAUAGCGGUGAUGCCCUCGUCGAGGCCUGUUUCACUUGGGACAUCACCCCUGCCGCCUCUUCUGACAGUGUAGAGUGA